AUGAGGAACCACAUGGAAGCAGGAUGGUUCUACUCGGCCAGACAGAUACGCCACUAUUUCCCGGCUCGUUUCACUUCCCUGAAGCCGCCGAAGACGAAGCUGAAGAAUCCAUAUGCUGUGCUUCGCCAGCUUGACGGCCAUCAAUGGAACAUGUUCUUGAUUGGUUUCGCGGCUUGGGCUUGGGAUGCCUUCGACUUCUUCACCGUCAGCCUCUGUGUGACUGAAAUCGCGAAAGAGUUCGACAAGGAGGCCUCGGCUGUCUCGUGGGGCAUCACGGUCACACUUAUGCUGAGAUGGCUCGGCGCUCUGAUCAGUGGCUCAUUCGGCGACCGCUACGGACGCAAGUGGAUCAUGAUUGCCAAUCUGUGCGCCUUCAUCGUCCUUGAGCUGGCGUCAGGAUUCUGCCAGUCGCUAGGCCAGUUCUUAGCCGUCCGUAGCCUAUACGGGAUUGCUAUGGGUGGUUUAUUGGGUCCGGCUGCAGCCACCGCGUUGGAAGACUUGCCGUAUGAUGCUCGUGGCAUCCUGUCAGGUCUGUUUCAGCAGGGCUACGCUGUGGGCUACCUGCUUGCUGCGGUCUUCUAUCGUGCCCUGGUACCGACGACGCCUCAUGGUUGGAGGAGCCUCUUCUGGUUCGGAGCAGGUCCACCAGUCUUCAUCAUCAUCUGGCGUCUCCUCUCGCCCGAAACGAACAGCUUCCAAGUCGCGAAAGCCGAGCGCGAUGCAAGAGAAGCACAAAAGUCAGGCGUCGAGCACCAAAAGACAAGUGAGCUGCGUGCCUUCCUCAAGGCUGCCAAUUAUGCCAUGAAGAAGAACUGGUUCUUGUUUGUGUACAUGGUCGUUCUGAUGGCGGGCUUCAACAGUAUCUCACAUGGUACUCAGGAUCUUUACCCGACGUUCCUUAAAAACCAGGUCGGGAUGAAUGCGACGCAGACGACAGUCGUCACCGUCGUCGGCCAAAUCGGUGCACUGAUCGGCUCCACCACACUCGGCUACGUCAGCACCUUCACAGGUCGCCGUCUCACCAUGAUGAUUGGCUGCAUCUUCGGCGGCGCACUCAUACCCUCCUACGUCUUCGUUCGCAGCGACUACCUCAUCGCCACCGUGUUCUUCGAGCAGUUCUUUGUUGGUGGCACCUGGGGCCCAAUCCCAGUAUAUCUCGUCGAACUCAGCCCACCAGAACUACGCUCGUUCAUCUACGGCCUGAGCUACCAGCUAGGCAACCUCGCCUCCUCAGCAGCUUCAACAAUCGAAGCCACGAUUGGCGAGCGAUUCCCUCUCGCACCCACCAAAACCGGUGUCAAACGCUACGAUUACGGUUUGUCCUCACCCACUCAAUCCCCACACUUCUCAAUACUAACAGUAUCUACCAACCUAGGCCGCGUCAUCGCCAUCUUCGCCGGAGCAGUCUGGGCCUACAUCUUCCUCUUCGUCUUCCUCGGACCAGAAAUGACGCAGGAAGAGCGCAACGAGGAAGCAGCCUUGACCGUCGAGUUCGAGCAUAUGAGAGCGCAGGGAGUCAGUCUGGCCGAGAUAGGCGUGAGCCGUGUCAAGGCUGUCGAGGCACCGGCCGCAGCAGAGAAGGAAGCAGUUGAGUUUGUGGAGAAGGUCUGA